AGGGUGUAAUUCACUUCCUUGUCUGUUGUGUCUUCUUGUUCCUUUGAUUAUUACUACUUAUUAGGGUUUACUUUCCAUUCCCAUUCCCAUUCCCAUUCCCAUUCUUGCAAGCAACGCUCGCUCGCUCGCUCUGUGCUGCUGUGGAGUGAACUACAACGUCUUACAUUGAUUAUGCCUGCUUCAAUUAAUUAGCUAAGGCAAAGGGUUACUACUACCAAUUUGGGAUUCCAAUUAGGGUUUUCACUCAUUUCAAUUACAACAAUUGGGGCUGAAAUUCAAAUCACAGACUCAGAUUCAUGGAUCAUCGACGAGAAAAAGGCUGACUCCUUGUAUGGAAACUCGUAGCCGGAAGCGGGCGGAGGCUUCCUCACCUGCCCCUUCAACCACCAAGCAACCUCGUCUUUCUUCUUCUUCCACCACUGCUGCUGUUAAAACUCGCUCUCGUUCUCGCUCAUCCAAGACUUCUCCUCCCAUGGACCCCACCAACGAAUCCUCUGCCUCACGCCGUGAUCCUCGCCGUGCCAGAAAUCCUGACCGGGACAAUUCCGAUAAAGGAAAAGAGAAAGAACAUGAUGCUCUCAGCCUUAGAGAUAGGGAUGCAGACCGAGACCGAGCCUUGGGGUUAAACAUGGACCACGACGACGAUGAUGAUAACGACAGUGAGGCUGGAGUUGGAAUUCUGCAUCACAAUUUGACUUCUGCAAGCAGUGCUCUUCAAGGCCUUCUUCGUAAGCUCGGUGCCGGUUUGGAUGAUCUGCUUCCGGGUGGUUCUGCAUCCUCAUCUCACCUGACCGGCAGGCUCAAGAAAAUGUUGUCUGGUUUGCGAGCAGAUGGGGAAGAAGGUCGCCAGGUUGAGGCGCUCACGCAGCUCUGUGACAUGCUUUCCAUUGCCACUGAAGAAUCCCUCAGUACCUUCUCCGUUGAUUCCUUCGCUCCCGUGCUUGUAGGACUGCUUAAUCACGAGAGCAACCCUGAUAUCAUGCUUCUCGCUGCCAGGGCGCUGACUCAUCUCUGCGAUGUGCUCCCUUUGUCGUGUGCUGCCGUUGUGCACUAUGGUGCGGUGCCAAUCUUCUGCGCCAGAUUGCUUACCAUAGAGUACAUGGACUUAGCUGAGCAGUCUCUUCAAGCCCUGAAAAAGAUUUCUCAGGAGCACCCGACGGCCUGUCUUCGAGCAGGUGCUCUGAUGGCGGUGCUUUCUUAUUUGGACUUCUUCUCAACAGGAGUUCAGCGGGUGGCAUUGUCUACGGCAGCAAAUAUGUGCAAAAAGCUCCCUUCUGAUGCAGCUGACUUUGUGAUGGAAGCUGUUCCUCUUUUGACAAACCUCCUUCAGUACCAUGAUGCCAAGGUCCUUGAGCAUGCCUCUGUUUGUUUGACUCGAAUAGCUGAAGCUUUUGCAUCAUCUCCAGACAAAUUAGAUGACUUGUGCAAUCAUGGACUGGUAACACAAGCUGCCUCCCUCAUUUCUACCAGCAAUUCUGGAGGUGGACAGUCUUCUCUCAGCACACCAACAUAUACCGGUUUAAUCCGACUUCUUUCCACAUGCGCAAGUGGGUCCCCUCUUGGAGCUAAAACACUGCUUCUCCUUGGAAUUAGUGGCAUUCUUAAAGAUAUACUAUCUGGUUCUGGAGUAUCUUCUAAUGCCUCUGUUUCACCUGCAUUGAGUAGGCCAGCAGAGCAGAUAUUUGAGAUUGUGAACCUGGCAAAUGAGCUUCUGCCUCCACUGCCUCAAGGAACCAUUUCACUUCCAGUCAGCUCCAACUUGUUUGUGAAAGUAUCGGUUGUCAAAAAGUCUCCUGCUACCAGUUCUGGGAUGCAGGAAGACACAAAUGGAAAUGUUCACGAGAUAUCAGCUCGUGAGAAGUUAUUAAAUGAUCAGCCUGAGCUACUUCAGCAAUUUGGGAUGGAUCUCCUCCCAGUUUUAAUGCAGAUACAUGGUUCCAGCGUCAAUGGUCCUGUUCGCCACAAAUGUCUCUCUGUCAUAGGAAAACUGAUGUAUUUCAGCACAGCUGAGAUGAUCCAGUCUUUGUUGAGUGUGACUAAUAUAUCAAGUUUCUUAGCUGGUGUGUUGGCAUGGAAAGAUCCUCAUGUUUUGGUUCCUGCCUUACAAAUUGCUGAAAUUCUAAUGGAAAAGCUUCCUGGAACUUUCUCUAAGAUUUUUGUUCGAGAAGGUGUGGUCCAUGCUGUUGACCAACUUAUUUUGGCUGGAAAGUCAACCAAUAUCACUACACAGGCAUCAUCUGCAGAGAAGGAUAAUGGUUCUGUAUCCGGAACAUCAUCUCGCUCCAGGCGCUAUCGCCUUCGCAGUGGUAACUCAAAUCCUGAUACAAAUCCCUUGGAUGAUUUGAAGAGUCCAGCUACAGUAAAUGUUGGUAUGCCACCAAGUUCUGUGGAUACUCCAACAAUUAAUUCAAGUACUCGUGCAUCUGUUAGCUCAACUGCUAAAGCUUUUAAAGAGAAGUACUUUCGUUCUGAUUCUGGGACUGCUGAAGUGGGUGUUAGUGAUGAUCUUUUGCACUUGAAAAAUCUUUGCAUGAGGUUGAACACUGGUCUUGAUGACCAAAGAACUAAGGCAAAGGGAAAAGUUAAAGCUUCUGGUUUUGGUCUGGAUGAUAAUUCUGCUAAUACGGAAGAGUAUUUGAUGGAGUUGAUAUCUGAAAUGCUUAGGGAACUUGGUAAAGGAGAUGGUGUAUCUACUUUUGAAUUUAUUGGUAGCGGUGUUGUGGCAGCUUUGCUGAAUUAUUUUUCUUGUGGUUACUUCUCUAAAGAUCAAAUCUCAGAAACUAAUCUGCCAAAGCUUCGCCAACUAGCACUUAUGAGGUUUAAGUCAUUUGUUGCCGUUGCACUACCUUCCGACACAGACAAUGGCGGUGUUGCUCCUAUGACUAUCUUGGUCCAGAAACUACAAAAUGCUUUGUCCUCCUUGGAACGUUUUCCUGUUGUGCUUAGUCAUUCAGCUCGGUCAUCUAAUGGUAGUGCACGACUCUCCUCUGGAUUAAGUGCAUUAUCUCAGCCUUUCAAGUUGCGCCUCUGCAGAGCGCAGGGUGAAAAGUCUCUUAAGGAUUAUUCAUCCAAUGUUGUACUGAUUGAUCCAUUAGCAAGUUUAGCAGCCAUCGAGGAAUUUCUUUGGCCUCGUGUCCAGCGUGGUGAUGCUGGUCAAAAGUCUACUGUAGCUGCUGAGAAUUCUGAAUCUGAAACAACUCCUGCAGGAGCAGGUGCUUCAUCUCCUUCCACUUGUACACCCUCCACUGCUCGUCGUCAUUCUACUAGAUCCAGAUCAUCUGUUAACAUAGGAGAUGCACCUAGAAAAGAAAUAUCUCAAGAUAAAAGCAUGAGCUCAUCUAAAGGCAAGGGCAAAGCUGUAUUAAAGCCUGCACAGGAGGAAACAAGAGGGCCCCAAACAAGGAAUGCUGCACGCCGCAUAGCAGCUCAUGACCAAGAUAAUCAAAUGAAACCUGCAAAUGGUGACUCAACUUCUGAGGAUGAAGAGUUUGAUAUACCUCCUGUUGAGAUUGACGAGGCUUUGGUGAUCGAAGAUGAUGAUAUUUCUGAUGAUGAUGAUGACGACCAUGAAGAUGUGCUGAGGGAUGAUUCUCUUCCUGUUUGCUCCACUGACAGGGUGCAUGAUGUUAAAUUGGGUGACUCAGUUGAGGAGAGUACUGUUGCUUCGGCAACAAGAAGUAGCCAGACUAAUGCAGCCUCAGGUUCUAGCAGCAAAGCUUGUACAGCUAGGGGAUCUGACUCUGCUGAUUUUAGGAGUGGCUAUUCAUCUAACUCAAGGGGUGCAAUGUCAUUUGCUGCUGCUGCUAUGGCUGGACUUGGAUAUGCUAAUGGCAGAGGUUUCAGGGGUGGCAGAGAUCGGCACGGGCGUCUGGUAUUUGGCAGUUCCAAUGACCCUCCAAAGUUGUUUUUUAGUGCCGGUGGGAAGCAGCUUAGUAGAAAUUUGACUAUAUAUCAGGCAGUUCAAAGACAGCUUGUAUUAGAUGAAGAUGAUGAUGAGAGGUUUGCUGGAAGUGACCAUAUAUCCAGUGAUGGAAGUGGUCUGUGGGGUGAUAUUUACACCAUCACUUAUCAGAGAGCAGAAAACCAGACAGACAGGGCCCUUACUGGAGGAUCAAAUUCAAACAUUUCAAAGUCUGCCAAAUCCAGUUCUGAAGCUAAGUUGCAUCAGACAUCAGUACUAGACAGUAUAUUGCAGGGAGAAUUGCCCUGUGAUCUAGACAAAUCAAAUCCUACCUACAAUAUUUUGGCACUACUGCGUGUGCUGGAGGGUUUGAACCAACUUGCACCUCGUUUAAGGGCCCAAAUGGUUUCUGAUAGCUUUGCUCAGGGAAAAAUCUUGGAUUUAGAUGAGCUAGGUGUUACAACUGGUGCUAGGGUGCUUGUAGAGGAAUUCACAAGUAGCAAGCUUACUCCAAAAUUGGCAAGGCAAAUACAAGAUGCCCUUGCCCUAUGCAGUGGGAGUCUUCCCUUAUGGUGUUACCAGUUGACUAAAGCAUGCCCUUUCUUGUUUCCUUUUGAGACUCGACGGCAGUAUUUUUACUCAACUGCCUUUGGGUUAUCUCGUGCCCUCUAUCGACUUCAGCAGCAGCAAGGUGCUGAUGGUCUGGGAUCAACAACUGAAAGAGAGAUGAGAGUUGGGAGAUUACAGCGUCAAAAGGUUCGUGUCUCACGAAAUCGUGUUUUGGAUUCUGCUGCAAAAGUUAUGGAGAUGUACUCUAGCCAGAAAGCUGUACUUGAGGUAGAAUAUUUUGGUGAAGUUGGCACUGGCCUUGGUCCUACCCUUGAGUUUUAUACAAUUCUAAGUCAUGACUUGCAAAAGCUUGGACUGCAAAUGUGGAGAUCUUAUUCUUCAGAUAAACAUCACAUGGAAGUUGAUGGAGAUGAGAAGAAAAUGAAAAUCAAUGAAGGGCGUAAUUUGGCUGGAGAUGGAGAACUUGUUCAAGCUCCUCUGGGGUUGUUUCCUCGGCCUUGGCCUGCAAAUGCUGAUACAUCAGACAGUAGCAAGUUUUCAAAAGUGGUUGAGUAUUUUCGCCUGCUAGGCCGUGUUAUGGCUAAAGCUCUUCAAGAUGGACGGCUAUUGGAUCUUCCAUUGUCAGUUGCAUUUUACAAGCUUGUUCUCGGUCAAGAUCUUGAUUUGCAUGACAUUCUUUACGUUGAUGCUGAGCUUGGGAAGACUUUGCUUGAGUUGAAUGCUCUUGUUUACCGGAAUCAUUAUAUAGAAUCUAUUGGUGGUAGCUUUACUGAUACAAAGGCCAACUUACUUUUUCGUGGCACCCCAAUUGAAGAUCUCUAUUUGGAUUUUACACUUCCUGGUUAUCCUGAAUAUAUCCUGAAACCAGGAGAUGAAUUUGUUGAUAUCAACAGUUUGGAGGAGUACAUAUCUUUGGUGGUUGAUGCAACUGUCAAAACUGGCAUCGUGCGUCAAAUAGAAGCAUUUAGGGCAGGGUUUAACCAGGUUUUUGACAUUUCAUCUUUACAAAUUUUCACUCCUCAAGAACUGGACAAUUUGCUUUGUGGCCGCAGAGAGCAGUGGGAGGCAGAGACACUUGCUGAUCAUAUAAAAUUCGACCAUGGGUACACGGCAAAGAGCCCUGCCAUUGUUAAUUUACUAGAAAUUAUGGGAGAGUUCACACCCGAGCAGCAGCGUGCCUUCUGUCAAUUUGUUACUGGUGCACCUAGGCUGCCACCUGGUGGGCUGGCUGUUCUUAAUCCAAAAUUAACGAUUGUGAGGAAGCUUUCGUCUACUGCAGUUAAUACUUCAUCUAAUGGAAAUGGACCUUCAGAAUCAGCAGAUGAUGACUUACCCAGUGUGAUGACAUGUGCUAAUUACCUAAAGCUUCCUCCUUACUCUACCAAGGAAAUCAUGUACAAGAAGCUACUCUAUGCAAUCAGCGAAGGCCAGGGGUCCUUUGAUUUAUCAUGAGUUUCUUAAACUGAUCGACCUAACCCUGCAUGGUAAUAGAUGAAUCAAGGUCUUUGCUCGAGGCUCAGUUAAUUAUUGGUCGCGUGUACUGUCCUCGCUUCUCAAAUAAUGGUCUCAUAUUCGGUGCUCAAUGGAAAGUUGUGGCUUAGUUCUGGUGAGCUGACAUUUUUGUCCAUAAGGUCUGUUCUGAUAUAUGAAUAUAACUAUGUUCUAGAUAAGUUGUAGGCUCUUCUCUCAUUAUUUCUUUCUUUCUUUUCUUUUUUUCCAUAAAUGAUAGUUGAAUCCGGUCGCCACAUUUUCAAGGGUUAAGGGAAUUCACGGAGCUCUUUUUAACUUAAGCUGUUAGAACGUGUAAAUAAAAUAGGAAUCUUGAAAUUUUGAUUUUUGUUUUAUUUUUCAUUAUUCUGUCUAUAAGUCAAAUUGUUGGCACUAUGUAAGAAAAUAUGACAUCGACAAAGAAUAAUUUAAAAUAAUAUGCUCUAUGAUCUCAUUAUAUGUUCCUUUA